UAAAACAAGAUAAUGACGUGACUUCAGAUAAGAGAGGAGGGAGGGGAGUUAAAAAUAGGAGCGGAGAGAAUCCAGAUCCAUCAAUCUCCAUAUGUAUGAAGCAUGAAUACGAUACCUGAAAAAGCAAGAUAUUCCCAUAUGCUUAGAGGCUCAGAAGCUGACAAUCUUAGAACUGGGAGUGUGCAAAAGACACCCCGCUUUUUCCCUCCUCUCUCCUCUCCCUCCUUUUAUUACAGUGGAGAGCAAACCCGGCAGCACUGCAUAUGAAUAGAACAAUUUAACGUGCUGAACUAGCUGAGACCAGCUGCUGUCCUUCUGCCUUUCACAACAAGAGAGAGAAAGUGAGGAGAGAGAAAGAGACAGCGACAUACACAAUGUUUAGAGAGAGAGAGAGAGACGAAGGAAAGUAGAUUUGAGAGUCCAAAGGAAAUGUGACUGCAGACACUAAAGCUGGAGGCUUGGAUGCUUUUUGGCUGUUGGUUGUUUGUAAGUCAGGGAAAAUUGGGACCAUCUUUUCUCUUGUCAUUUUCUCUGUGUUUACUUGCCCAAUGAACCUGCCUUCGUUAAGGAUCUAGCACAAGUCUAUGUUUCUAGCUUUUCUGUUGCGAGUAAUGCUAGAUAGAUUAACUUUUUAGAUCGUUUUUGUAAAUUGUUAUAUAAUUUACAAAAUAUAAUUUAAAUAAAUGGUACCUAGCAUUACCCUUCUGCUGCUGCUUACAUUUAGAUUAGGCCUGUUCUCUCUUUAACACACAGAGGAGAGAGAGAGAGAGAGAGAGAGAAAGAAAAGAGAGAGGAGAGAGAGAACCAUUUCUUCAUUAAAGGUAGGAUUUGAAACCCAAAUCACGGAUUGGUUCUUGCUCUUUGUUUUGCCAUUCAAAAGGGGUCAUCAUGGCUCAAAUUCUCAGGUUUACAUUCACCAAAUUGGGUUUUUCUUCCUCUUGUCAGAAGUGCUUUUCUUUUAAGCCAUUUUAUGGCCACAAAUUCACCAAAGAUUCUGAGAUGGCCUUCUACCUCAAUAGCCAAGUCCUAUUUAUAUCUGGGCUCAUCAAACUAUAGUUGCAUUGCUUUUGUCCUUGACAUACCCAUCUCCCCAUCUCCCCAUCUCUCUCUCUCUCUCUCUCUCUCCUUCUCCCUCUCUCCCUCCUAUGAUCAUGAAUUAGAUUUUUCAAUUUGGUUUUCUCCCCUUCGAAAGUUUUGAGCUUUUCAACUUCUUGUUUGCAAUGGUGUCACAAGACUCACCUUCAAAUCCCUCCUCAAGCAUUUUCCACCAGUUCAUAAUCUCAGACUCCAUUUCUGCUCAAAACCAUCAUCUGGAAAGCCAGCACCUUGACGCUUAUCCGCCUUCAUUUCAAACCAGUACCACAGUUCCACAAGCUCUCGGAGUCCUCGCCGGCAUUCACUCCCUCGGCGAAAGAAUGCCCCGAUCAGUAGACCUUGUUCAAGCUCCUACUGGCGCAUCAGUGGAGACACAGCGGCUUUCGCUCUCCCUCGGUUCCCGCAUGCUUGUUCCUUCUGUCCAGUACCGGUACAACAACUUCCUCAUUGGGGAAGAAUCAGGGGAGGCUUGCAACCCGGGAGUUGAGCACGUAGGCGAUGAGUACUGCUUCGUGGGCGGCACACUUGCUUCGCAUUCAAGGGCACUGAAUAGAUCCUGCUCCACUUCUUAUGGAGCAGAAUCCGUAGCUGCUGUCAUUGCAAAUUCGAAAUAUCUUAAACCGGCUCAGUCCCUCUUGGAAGAGAUUGUUAAUGUUGGCGGAAAAUUGGUUGACAUUAGCAAUGAGAAAUAUGUUGGGAAAUUGUACGGAGAAGGGCGGCAAGGCGGUAUGGGGCUCUCCUCUGAGCUAAAAGCAGAGCUGUCUUGCAAUGCCGGGCUCAUGAACUCCGACAAACACGAAUUGCAAGCUAGACUUGCAAGCCUCAUCACAUUAUUGGAACAGGUUGAGGAUAGAUGUGGGACGUACUACCAUCAAAUGGAACAAGUGAUAUCAUCAUUUGAGAUGGUGGUAGGGGAAGGAGCAGCCAAGUCCUACACAGCUCUGGCACUCAAGGCCAUGUCAAGGCAUUUUUGCAGCUUGAGAGAUGCCAUAGUAUCACAAAUCUACACUGAGAAGCGAAAGCUGCUGCAAGAUGUUCCGAAAAUCAGCAGCGGGUUAUCGCAACUGAACUUGCUUGAUAGAGAGUGCAGGCACAAAAGAAUGUCCCUUCAACAGCUCGGCAUUUUCCAGAGCCAACGCCAAGCUUUCAGACCAAUUCGUGGAUUGCCAGAGACAUCUGUUGCGAUUCUUCGCACUUGGCUUUUCGAACACUUCCUCCACCCUUACCCGAAUGACAAUGAAAAGCUGCUGUUGGCAUCACAAACAGGGCUGUCCAAGAACCAAGUUGCGAAUUGGUUCAUAAACGCGCGUGUCCGGCUGUGGAAACCUAUGAUUGAAGAAAUGUACAAGGAAGAGUUUGGGGAGUCUUCAGAGGACUCUAACUCUUUAGCCGCCGGUUCCAUGACCGGCGAAGGCAACACAGAUCAGACAGAGGAUUAAUCGCUUGCAGUAGAAGGCAUUUCAAUUCUUUUGAGUUUGAUGGUAAAAAUUGCCAGUAGAAGUUUAACGACUGAAGUUGUAAAGAUUUUCAAUUUCUCAAGUCUAACAUAUGCAACUGUUGGUUUUGGUUUUGUGAUAGUAAAUGGAAAUCAGGUCUUAGAAUU